AUGGUAUCUCCACGCCUUGCCCACCAGCCCGUCCAACCUGAAAGUGGGUGUUGCCCCUCACUCAAGAUUAAAUUAGUUUCCUACCUUGUAAAUAGUAUUUUCAAUUUGCCAAAUACAGGUUUAGCAGAAGAAGUAAUAAUAAGAGAACUAACAUAUAAAGAUACAAAAUUGGAUGGCGAAGCAGAAGAGAAUAGAAAAGAAUCAGAUGAAAGAGCAAAGGCUCACCAAAGUUUAUAUGAAGCUGCUCUAAGUCAAAAAUUUGAAGAGGUUUAUUCAAUUUUAGAAGAUGGAAAAGUUAGUGUGACAGAGAAAAUCGCCAUAAAUGGCAACACGACACUCCACUUAGUGAUUGGUAUUACAAAGAAAAAGGAAGUUUUAGAGAAAAUGCUGGAGUUGGUACCCGAAAGAAGUACAUUACUGGGUAUGCAAAAUUCAGAUGGAAGUACUCUACUUCAUGUUGCUGCAAUUGUUGGCAACAUUGAAGCUGCUAAGAUAUUGGUUCAAAGAAACCAAGAUUUGUUGUUUAUCAAGGAUAAAGAGGGUCACACACCACUAGCCAGAGCUCUUUCAAAUAUGCAUACCGAUACGUAUCUGUAUUUGUUGAACCCCACCCAUGACAUAGAGAUGGCUACUCUCUUUACCGGUAUCAGUGGUGAUGAGCUUCUGGUUAAUGCUAUUUCUUCUAAAGACUACCAUGCAGCAUUAAAAUUGAGUGACCAUUAUCGUAGUUUUCAUAGUGACGCUACACUAAUGGCUAUAGCUCAAAACUUCCCACGUGAACUCAACAUUUGGGAAAGAGUCGUCGAUAGAUCUUCUCUAAUGAACUUGUUGUUGUUGUUGUUGUUGUUGUAUCUUGGAGGGUUUAAUGCUCCAGAAGAUCUGUUGACCUUGAUAGGAUUGGCAUAUGCACUGCAUAUCAAGUUUGUUAAAGAGGAAGCUGAAAUGCACAAUGUUGCUACGAGGCUAUUAAAAGCAAUCUGUGAGUUGAUAAAACGCUCCACAGCAACCAGAUUUCACUCUGACUAUUAUAACAAUGCGAUUCUUGAAGCCACAAGACAAAAUGCAGACAAGGUUGUAAGAGUGAUUGUGUCUUUUUUCCCAAAUGCAAUUUGGAGUGCUAAUGAAGAAGGCCACAACAUUAUUCAGUAUGCUGUGAUCAACCAUUCAGAAAAGGUCUACAACCUACUAUAUCAAAUGAGCGAACACAAAAAUAUUUAUAGGACAAUUAAAGACACUUUUGGGAACAACCUCUUGCAUCUGGCUGCAAAGUUGGCGCCACCUGACAAACUGAACCAUAUAUCAGGUGCCGCUCUGCAACUACAACGUGAACUUCAAUGGUUUAAGGUAGCAAUCUUUGGAACAUGA